AUUGUAGUGGCACACACCAGAGAAAGAUCUCAUUCUCAUCUCCAGCACCUCUGAGUCAAGCAACUUUUUACACUCUUCAGCUCAACACCGCAAACCGGACCUCCUCACCGCAGGAAUAUCUCCCUUGUGUUGCAGAGAGAAGAACUCAGCAGAGAAAAGAAGCACACAUUUCAGUUUGUUUUUUUGUUGCAAAAGUUAACAUCGCCAUGUCUUGCGGUGAUGCGUCGGAUCAGAGUCGGCGGUUCUGUGUGUUGUCUUGGGAUCAGGUGCAGCGUUUGGACUCGAUCCUCGGGGAGGCUGUCCCCAUCCACGGCCGGGGAAACUUCCCCACUCUGUCCGUGCAGCCACGACAGAUCGUCCAGGUGGUGCGGGCUCGGCUGGAGGAGAGGGGUGUGUGCGUUAAGGAUGUACGGCUGAACGGCUCGGCUGCCAGCUAUGUGCUCCAUCAGGACACCGGACUGGGAUACAAGGACCUCGACCUUAUCUUUGGCGUGUCGCUGAAAGACGAUCAGGCCUUCCGACUGGUGAAGGAUGUCGUUCUAGAAUGCCUGUUUGACUUCCUGCCGGCUGGCGUCUCUAAGGAGCGCAUCUCGCCACUCACGCUAAAAGAGGCCUAUGUACAGAAACUGGUAAAGGUCUGCAAUGACACAGACCGCUGGAGCCUCAUCUCGCUGUCCAACAACACAGGCAAGAAUGUGGAGCUAAAAUUUGUAGACUCUUUACGGCGGCAGUUUGAAUUCAGCGUGGACUCCUUCCAGAUUUGCCUCGACUCUCUGCUCUUAUUUGACCGCUGCUCAGAGACGCCCAUGUCUGAGAGCUUUCACCCCACUGUGAUCGGGGAGAGUGUGUAUGGGGACUUCAAGGAGGCCAUGGAGCACCUGUGUCAGAGGACGAUAGCGACACGCAGCCCUGAAGAAAUCAGAGGGGGCGGCUUAUUGAAGUAUUGCCACCUGCUGGUGCGGGGCUUCACCGCCUCUUCAGUGCCUGAAAUGAAGAACCUGCAGCGCUACAUGUGCUCACGGUUCUUCAUUGACUUCUCUGACAUUGGUGAACAGCAGAGGAAGCUGGAGGCCUACCUGCAGAACCACUUUGCAGGGAUGGAGCACAAACGGUAUGAGUGCCUGAUGACACUGCACCAUGUAGUGAACGAGAGCACCGUGUGUCUGAUGGGCCACGAGCGGCGCCAGACACUCAGCCUCAUCUCCAUGCUGGCACUGAGGGUGCUGGCUGAGCAGAACGCCAUCCCCACUGUAACGAACGUCACGUGUUACUACCAGCCAGCUCCAUACGUGCAGGACAUCAACUUCAGUAACUACUAUAUUGCACACGUGCAGCCGCCGCAGGUCUCCCCGUGCAAUAAUGCAUAUCAGACAUGGCUGCCCUGUAGCUGAACCAGCUAUUAGAGGAGCAAGGGUGGACAUCUCCAUCGCUCUUUAUGUUUCAAAGGAAAUGGACUGAAAAAAAACAAAAAAAACGAAACCCAUAUUUGCCAAAUGUGACUUGACUAAACAAUCCUUUACUGCUGUACAUCUGAUUGAGCCAACACAUACAUGUUCUCCCUUGUAUUCUCUUGCAAAAACAUCUGUAAGAUUGCUGUUCAUUUCUGAGAUGUAGCUAUGAUAUCUUGUUAAGUAUUAAAGUCUUUAUGAAGCUUUAUAUAUGUCAAAUACAUUUUUGAGGAAACAACUGAACUGGUGUUAUUUUCAUACUCUGGCAUUAUCUUUUUUUAAAUGACAUACUGGACCAAAGAUGUAUUUGUUCAGAAAGGGAAUGUUGUUAUGAUUCCAAGUGCCUAAAAAUGAACCAUGAAUUGUUCUAAAAAAAAUGAAGAAAGAUACACAUCUGCAAAUUGAAAACUGUGUUUUCUAGAUUUCUCUGUCUCUCUUUUCAGGAACAUGAGCAUUCAUUUUUGUGAAAUAAAAAAGGAAAAACUACA